GCUACAGCAUGCAUGUCUGCCUCUCUGUUGUUUCGCGGCUUCGUGUGUGAAUGCACGUCUCACUUUGAUCUUCAGCGUCUGCUUCCCAUCUAGCAGCUCCUUCAGCGCACCGCCGAGAGGGCGCAGCAGCCAGCCUUCAUUCUGGAGGGAAAGGCCCCAGUCGAGCCCAGCAGGGGGGAUGGAGGAGGCGGGGAGGCCGGCUCCCUCAGCCCCGGGCCUGCUGCUCUGUCUCUGACCCAGGCAGAGAGUCCUGGGCCCUGGCAGAGUGAGAGCCUGCUGGCAGAGUCCUGGUCCACGAUGGGUGACGUGGACCCCGAGGACACUAAGAGCCUGGACAGCAGUGACGGGGCGGCUCUGACCGGGGAGGAGAACCACUCCUCCAACUCCGAUAUGGUCCACCUAGAGCGGGAGGAGGCCGAGAUGCUCGAGGAGGCAGAGAAGGAGGCCGCAGAGGAGGAGAGGGCGAGGAGAACGGAGGAGGAGGAGGAGGAAGAUGAGGAUCUGCAGACGAGCGUGUUGAGUGUCUUAGGCGCGGAGAAGGAGCUGGCUGGGCUCAGGGAGGAGGAGCAGGACCUCCACGCCCCAGAAACUGAGGAGCUCCUGGUGUCAGCAGAGGAGCCCCGCAUGCAGAGGGAGCCUGCAGAGUUCAUGCAGGUGGUUCCCCCGAUGGCACUGCCUCCUCUGCCUAUCGUCAGGCUCGAUCCCCCCUCCACUACAUCCACCCCAGUCCCUUCAACCACAACCUCUGAAGCUGAGGAGCUGUUUUCUACUCAGGGCCUCCACCCUCCAUCUAUCCUCGCUCCGAUGGCAGCAGAGCCUCCGAUAGAGAGCCUCCAGCAGCUAAAAUUCUCACAGAUUCCCCUCUUGGAUGUGGAGGAACAUUCAGUUGAAGCCUCUCAAGCGGUGCCAGAAAAGCCGGAUCCCGCAGCUCCACCAAAGACUUCCAAACCUCUGAGCUCCACUGAGCUGCUGUGUGGAGGCGCUGCUUUAGUAGCCGUUGUAGGAGUAGUAGCAUAUGGUGCUGUGGCCUACUGUAGAAAGUAGAACACCCCUCCUUUAACCACGAAUCCCCCUUUCAACACAGCUCUUCUGUUUUUAAACUGAUUCCAAAUGAAAUAUUCCACUUCACUCUCUGAAUUCUGGAUUUUUAUUCUCAGACACUCUGCGUAUUGUAGUCAACAUCAGACGCAUCAAUUUGAUUUUUCGGAUUCGUUUUGUGCUACCUCAGCUCACAGCAGAGCUCAUGGCCUUUGUUUUUCUGUGUACGAUAGAUCUCUGAGGAAAUUUAGUCAGUGAAAUGUAAACCUGGAAUGUAAAAUCAUGCAAGGUACAAUU